AUGGCAUCAGUGAAAGGGCUGGUGUUGCGGCUGUUAUGGGUGCUGAGCCUAACGAGUAUAUGUUGGGCGCAGUAUAGGCCCAAAUGGCCCUCUCCUUACGUUCAGAGGGAGAUAUUCCUCCUAAACCUCGAGGACGGGUACUUCGGCUGUCAAGUGAACGAAUCGACAGACUUUCUACAACUGUUUGAAUUGUCCAAACUUUGUGAUGGAAUACCGCAGUGUUUUCAGGGCUCCGAUGAGGUGUCGUUGGAGCUCAAGUGCACCGACAGAAAUCACUGCCACCCAAAAAUGCCAAAGUGUUUGAAUGGCGUCUGUUUAGACAGCCUCUGCUAUUGUAACGAUGGAUUCGGUGGCAAAGGAUGUGACCUCCCAGAUGAAAACGAGUGUAAAUACCGUCCGUGCGAUGUGUUCGCCCACUGCACCAACACUAUGGGUAGUUAUUACUGUUCCUGUUUUCCCGGUUACGAUGGCGACGGCUUUUCAUGUCAUGACAUCAACGAAUGUGAGAUCCCAUCGCUGGCAGGUCUGUGUGCGGAUAACGCCGAGUGCUGUAACCUCCCAGGUCACUUUGUUUGCAAAUGCAAACCUGGCUUCACAGGCAAUGCGACCGUUUCCUGCACAGACAUCGACGAGUGUCUCAAUCCGAGCUGUUGCGGAAGGGGAGCCAUAUGUGAGAACCUUCCGGGCAGUCAUGUCUGUCACUGUCCACUGGGUUUUGAAGGCGAUCCAGCCGUGGAAUGUUGGGGUGAGUCGUGGAGUCAUCACUUGUAUGACACCAAAGAAUAUGUUCUCAUAUAUUGUCUGUCGUCCCAAACAUUUCCAAUACCAGAUAUCGACGAAUGUAAGACCAACCCGUGUGGUCCGGGAUCUCAGUGCACCAACACUCCCGGUGCCUACGAGUGCUCGUGUCCUUCUGGAUACAGAGGCAAUCCUACGCCCGCCGAUGGCUGUGUCGAUGUGGACGAGUGCACAGUCAGCCCAACACCUAUUUGCGGAGUUGGAGCCAAUUGUGUCAACACACCUGGAGGUCACUUCUGUCAGUGCCCUACAGGAUAUACCGGUAAUCCGAAAGUCAGUUGUUUGGACGUCGACGAGUGUCCGCAUUCAUGCGGUGCUAACACUCACUGCCAGAACACUCUCGGAAGCUAUUUAUGCGAAUGUAAGCCGGGUUUCAUUGGCGACCCCUACCUAUCAGCCGGUUGUAUCGACGACGAUGAAUGCCUUCGUCCCAACUCUUGCGGUCUCAACACUGAGUGCUAUAACACAUUGGGUUCAUAUCAGUGCAUCUGUAGUGUCGGUUACACAGGAGAUCCAGGGCUUGUUUGCGCCGAUAUCGAUGAAUGUCUGCAGAAUCCGUGCGGUUCAGGCGCUGAUUGUCUCAACACCGCCGGUUCCUACCAGUGCCAGUGCCCGGACAAGUACGUGGCGAGAGGCACACCAGACCUGGGCUGCGACCGGGCGGCUGUGGACGUGUCGUGUAAAUUUGACUUUGACUGCACCGAAAACGCCGGUUGUGUCGACAACUCGUGUCGAUGUAAAAUCGGUUAUCAAAUCAGUGGCAUUGAGUGCAUUGAUGUAGACGAAUGCAAGAAUAGGAAUAUUUGCGGCGUUAAUGCCAAAUGUGUGAACUCGGAGGGCGGCUAUGAGUGCGAGUGUCGGUCUGGAUAUGAGAAGAUUGAGUUGACGUCUAAGAGCCGGUGCAGAGACGCUAAUGAGUGCCUCUUCGGUCCGUUCCCGUGCGGAGUCAACUCUAAAUGUAUUAACACAGACGGCGGCUACAAAUGUCUUUGUAAGGACGGCUUCAUUGGCAACGCCACCACUGGUUGCAAAUCUCCCUGCGAUGGUGUAAACUGCGGAUCGCACGCUAACUGUCAGGUGAAUGGCAUGGAAGCCGCCUGUGUUUGCGAUCAGGGCUUCACUUUCGAUCCAAACAACAUAGCGCUGGGAUGUGUCGACAUAAACGAAUGCGACUCUAGUCACGGCCCAUCAGGCCUUUGUGGACAGGGAGCUGUUUGCACUAAUGUGCUCGGAAGUCAUCACUGCCACUGCCAACCAGGAUUUACUGGCGAUCCGUUCCGUUAUUGUGAAGACAUUAAUGAAUGCGACCGACGGUUCGGUCCAUUCGGACAGUGCGGCGAAAACUCCAUUUGCGCGAACACAUUGGGCACAUACCAGUGCUCGUGCCCCCAGGGCUUCACUGGUAAUGCGAGAGACAAAUGCGUAGAUAUCAAUGAAUGCUCUCAAGUAUUUGGACCGAACGGAAAGUGCGGUUUCUCUGCCGUCUGUACGAAUACAAUCGGCAGUUUCAGCUGUCGGUGCCCUCCUGGAAGUCAUGGCGAGCCGUUCACCCGAUGUGUGAUCGAGACCUUCUGUGAUGCGAAGACUGGUUGUUCAGGGAAUGCCGUUUGUAAGACCAAUCGGUGCGUUUGUCCGCCGCCUUACUUCGGCGAGAGUUGCAAACACCCUUGCGAUCAACUAUUCUGUGGCGAACACGCGAAGUGUGAAUUGGAUUCCAGUGGUAACCCUCUGUGUGUCUGCGCUGAGGGCUAUAUUGGAAAGAGUAAUAGUCUUCCCGGUUGUGUCGACAUUGACGAAUGUGUGGCAAACAAGCCGUGCGGACACAACGCUGUCUGUCGUAAUACUCCCGGUUCUUAUGAAUGCAUUUGUCCCCAUAAUUUCAGAGGUGAUCCCUAUUCCGAGUGCUCUAUUGAAGGCAAAGAAAGAAUCGACUGCUCCGACAGUAAUCCUUGUCCUCUCAAUGAGGAAUGCAUUACCACUAAUAGGACUCAUCAGUGCGUCUGUAGGAGAGGUUACAUAAGGGAUGCGGUGGGCGAACAGUGCAGAGACGUGAACGAGUGCACGGAACUGACCAAAUCUGCCUGUGGUCUCAAUGCCUUCUGUACUAACCUGGACGGAGGCUUUGUCUGUCACUGUCCGAGCGGAUACACCGGCAACUCCUAUUCGGUUUGCUAUCCUGACUUGAUGAGUCGCAACUGUUCCACACUGAAUACCUGUCCCCAAAACCAAGAAUGCAUUAUUUCCGGUUCUGGGUUCACAUUAGAGGCCAAUGGCUUCUGUCGAGACAUCAAUGAAUGCGAGGAAAUGAAUGAAUUUGAAUUGUGCGGCUCUAACGCCGAGUGCAUCAAUCUUCCCGGUGCUUACGAGUGCUUAUGUGGUUCGGGAUUCUCAGGGGUUGGCAAGAAAGGGUGCACAAGAAUAUAUCAAUCGUGUGAAAAAGACGGCCAGUGCCCCACAAAUCAGAAAUGUAUCCGCAAAUGGUGUGAGUGUUUACCGCCAUUCAUUCAGGUCGGAGACACCUGUAAACACCCGUGUGAUUGGCAUCAAUGCGGUCAGAACGCUGAGUGCUCUUUGGGUCCCAAUGGCACCCAAUGCCGAUGUAAACCUGGCUGUACUGGAAAUGCCAAUACUGGAUGUCAUGAUAUAAAUGAAUGCACGUCUCUGUUACCCAUCGACCCGAACGGCCCGUGCGCUGUGUCUGCCAUUUGUGUCAAUGUAUUGGGAAGUUAUAAAUGCGAGUGCCCUCAGGGGGCAGACGGCGAUCCCUACCACUCCGGAUGCUUCGGACCCGCUAAGUGUGAAUCAGACCUCUCCUGUCCGGACGACACGGUGUGCGACAGACAGGCGGGUGUUUGUAACGACGCGUGUCUGUCAGCCAUAUGCGGCCCCAACACUGACUGUAUAUCCGUAGGCCAUGAGCCGAGCUGUCAAUGCAAACCCGGUUUCACUGGAAACGCCAACGACUUAAUCCAGGGUUGCAUCAGCCCCUGUACUAACGUGUGGUGCAGUAUCAACGCCCAGUGCAUUGUCAACAGUGAGAAUAUCGGCGUUUGUCAGUGUAUGUCGGGAUUCAAUGGCAACCCCUGGGCCGGUGGCGGCUGUCAUCCAGACUCCGGCUGUUCAGCCACUAAGCCGUGUCUUUCGGGUCAGGAAUGCAUUGGCGGGAAGUGUGUCGAGAGUUGUAGUGACAAACAGUGCGGAGUCGGAGCUUUUUGCGAGAUUCACACCAAUCAAUGCAAAUGUUUGCCGUUCUUUGUCGGAAAUCCGGACAUUCUGUGCGCACCUCCUCUGCCUACACCUCCCACCUGUAGCCCCGGCUGUGGUCUGAACUCCCACUGCACGUACUCCACACCCAAUAAGUGUGUUUGUAAUUCAGGCUACAGUGGGAACCCAUACAAGUCGUGUACAUCAGUGCCCAGAUGUGAGAAUAUAAUCUGCGGUCAGAGCGCCUCCUGCUUGGAGGGGGCGACGAGUGUUGAAUGCAUUUGUCCGGCCGGUCUCCAUGGAAACCCAUUCCUCGGCUGUGAAGACGUCAACGAAUGCCUUCAGGGAAAUCCUUGUGGAACGGGAGCCAACUGUGUGAAUGUCAUCGGAAGUUUCCAGUGCAUCUGCCCGUCCGGUUUCAUCGGUAAUCCUCUGUACGCCUGUCAGCCCCCACGGGAGGCCGGCAUCGAAGACCAGAUCAGUGGUAUUGGGACGUCGUGUUCGACGACAUUCAACUGUCCGACGGGCGCCGUAUGUUUCCGAGGCAUAUGCGCUCAGCCCAACGCUUGCAAACACGACUCCCAGUGCGAGACUAACAACGCCUGUAAUUACGUGAACAAAGAUAUCGGAUACCAGUGCGUCGACCCGUGCGAUACCACCCAAUGCGGGCCCAAUGCUUACUGUAUUAGUACUGAACACAAGCCUUUCUGUUACUGCAAAGACGCCCAUUCGGGUGACCCCCACGACCUCGAAAAGGGAUGUACGUCCAGAACAGCCGCUCCCACGAUAGUCAGCUGUGCCGUAGACGACGACUGCGCCGAUGGAUAUGUUUGCAAACAAUCAACGGAAGGGGAAAAACGUUGCGGUGAUGUAUGCGCUGGCAUUCAAUGCGGACCCAAUGCCAUGUGUCAAGCAAUGGGACGACGGCCUGAAUGUAAUUGUAAUGACAAUUACGAUGGAAACCCAUACGACCUCCAGAAGGGCUGUAAUCCCCCGCUUUGUCGCGAAGAUGGCGACUGUAGACCAGACGAGACGUGUGUUCUUCUGCCUCAAGGCUUCAGAGAUUGCCAGAGCGUCUGUAAGGACUUCCAGUGCGGUAUAAACACCGUAUGUCGGGGCGCAGGCCAUGCGCCGUACUGCGAGUGUCGACCCAACUUUGCCGGUGACGCUUACGACCAGCGCUUCGGCUGUCAGCCCUUACAAGUGAGCUGUGCUGACGAUACCAGUUGUCCGGACUCCCAGGCCUGUCGGCGAAUGCAAAACGGGCUCAAAAACUGUACCGAUAUUUGUCUGAAUGUGAGGUGCGGUUUGAACGCCCAUUGCGCAGGAAGAGGCCAUCAGGCAGUCUGCGAAUGUUUGCCCGGUUUUAUUGGCGAUGCCAUCAGAAGCUGUCAGAAACCACCGGAACAUCUGUGCGAUAGAGACGACCAGUGCUCUCACGACAAGAAGUGUAUUCUCACGAAUGAAAACAUCAGGGAUUGCGUCGACAUUUGUUUCGGACAGUCUUGUAGUGAAGGCGCUCACUGUGUCGGCAGAAACCAUAGACCUCAAUGUGAGUGUCUUCAGGGCUAUACUCGCAUUAGUGGUGACCCUACCGGUGCCUGCGCUCCUAAUCUGUGCCAAUCGGAUAGGGAGUGUCGGGAAGACCAGACCUGUACGACAACCCGCAAAGGAGUACUCGAUUGUGUGGACGUGUGUCAGACCUUCAGAUGCGGACCCAACGCCCAGUGCGUGUCUAUUGAACAUCAGGCACAUUGUCAGUGCAAACAGGGAUUCUUUGGCAGUCCUGAAGACCUACUGAGAGGUUGUUCGCCGAAAGACAAGUGCACAUCGAAUACCGACUGUAAGACCGUUGAAGUCUGUCAACUGACCCAAAGCGGGAUCAGAGACUGUGUCGACGGCUGCAGUACUAACCUCUGCGGACCCAACACUCUGUGCGCCACAAACAACCAGUUCGUUCAGUGCACGUGCAAAGAGGGCUACACCGGCAGACCCGGCGACGGCACCGUUGGCUGCUAUCAUAUGCCUCACGAGUGCGAUAGCGACGACACCUGUCCCUCCAAUGCUGUCUGUGUUCGGGGCCCUCAAGGCAUCAACCAAUGCAAGGACGCGUGCGAACACUCCCUUUGCGGGGAGAAUGCCAUAUGUGCGGCCACUAACCAUAGGGCUCAGUGCGCCUGUCGACAGGGCUUCGUUGGCGACCCCACCCACAUGUGUGUCGAUCCCGAUGAAUGCAAAUCAGAUGAGGAAUGUCCUAUCGAUAGUGUCUGUCGUACGGAUGUGGCCAACACUCGCAAGUGCGCCAACGCUUGCCUUUACGUCAAAUGCGGUAAAAACGCGAUCUGUCGGCCCUCUUAUCACAAGACUCAAUGCUUCUGCGCCUCCGGAUUCGAUGGCGAUGCUUAUGAUCUCAUCCACGGCUGUCAACCCGUCCGACGCAAUGUGUGCGAGUCUGACGUCGACUGCCACUCCUCUCAGAUUUGUCGUCAAACUGUGUCCGGAAUUCUCGAUUGUGUCGAUGUGUGCGAAGCCGUCACGUGUGGACCCAACGCUCAGUGCAAAGCAGUCAACCAUCGCUCCCAAUGCCUGUGUCUGUCCGGUUAUAUCGGAGACCCCGAGAAUGUGCUGAACGGAUGUCGAAGAAAGGAGACCAACGAUUGUGAGUUCGACUUCGAUUGUCGCGAACCCACAGAUGUCUGCAAACCCAUGAAUGACGGCCUCAAGAAGUGUUUCAACGCGUGUCAGUUCACGAGUUGCGGAACAGGAUCUCAUUGCGUGGCCUCCAAUCACACGGCUUUCUGUGAAUGCAUCGGCGGUUUCGUUAGAGACCAGAACGCCGUCUGCAAACCAAAGGCCAAUGAAUGCAAUCAGGACUCUCACUGCCCCUCCUUCGAGACCUGCAGAUCGAGUCCAUUCGGGUCUCUCAAGUGCGCCGAAGCCUGUAUUGACUUCACCUGCACUCCAAACUCCCGGUGUAUUUCAUUGCAACACAAGGGUCAGUGCAAAUGCGACCCCGGAUUCACUGGUGACCCUCAAAGCAGAGCUGGUUGUGUCCAGAUUCCCAUCCAUGGAUGCGACACCGACAUCGACUGCACCAACUCUAACGAUGUCUGUCAUCCCGACGCCAAUGGCAUCCGUAAGUGCGUUGACGGUUGCGCUCACUUCGAGUGCGGCAAAAGCGCCGUUUGUAUUAUGAUUAACAGACAACCAGAGUGUCGGUGCCCACAGACCGGGCUCUACACUGGGAACGCAUACGACCAGAGCAAAGGGUGCCGUCGAGUCGAGUGCAUUAAAGACCACGACUGUGCCGACAACAAGGCCUGUAGUAAUCAGAACUACUGUUUCGACCCCUGUAUCAACGGGUGCGGCGCUAAUGCCGUUUGCGUGGCUCAGGCGCACAGUCCUAACUGCCGCUGUCUGUCUGGCUAUGCGGGCGAUCCCUACGCAUCCGGAUGUGUGGCCGUACAUCUGUGCGAAUCGAAUCCAUGCCAUCCUUUAGCCCAAUGUAUUGACUCGCAUGGCUCCUACACUUGCAAAUGUCCGCCCGAUUAUAUCGGAGACCCAUAUGACAAGAACAUCCGCGGCUGUAGACAUCCCAACUCGUGUCCGAACGGCAAUCAAGACUGCCCUCCAAACGCAGUCUGUCUGCCGGAUCCGAGCGGUGUCUUCCUCUGUAAGAAUGCGUGCGAACGCCUUCAGUGCGGACCCAACGCCGUGUGUCUGACCCGCAACCACUCGGCCCACUGCAGCUGUCGCGAUAACUUCAAGGGAGAGGCCGACUCUCUGGGCGGUUGUACCCGAGUCUCGCGCCACUGUACGUCAAACCCAGAGUGUGGUGACAGUCAGGCCUGUGUGGACGGUCAGUGCCGUUUCGUCUGUACGCUCGACACUGAGUGCGCGGCCGGUGAGCGAUGUGUCGACAACUUCUGCGUCAAGGCGUGUAUAGUCCACGACUCCUGUCCCCCAAACGAGGCAUGUGUUUCCAAAGGCUACUGUAAUAUCGGUUGUCGAGACAACUUCGAGUGCGACUCAAAUCAGGCCUGCAUUCAGAACCGGUGCCAAAAUCCGUGUGAAAUCAAGAGUAUUUGUGGACCGAAUGCCAUCUGUUCUGUGGGUAACCAUAACCUCACCUGCAGUUGUGGGCCCGGCUUUGAAGGCUAUCCGACACCUAUAAUGGGCUGCAGAAGAAGAAUAAUCGACUGCAUCGAUAACGCCGGCUGUCCUGUCGGUCACUUAUGUCACGGACUUAUUUGCAGAGCUCCCUGUGCUGAGUGCGUUGAGGGCGAGAAAUGUAUAGGAAAUGUCUGUGCGAUGACCUGUUCGAGUGACAGCAACUGUCCAACCGCUGAAGUAUGCAGUAAUCAUAUCUGUAUUCCUGGCUGUCGUUCGGAUGGCGACUGUAGUAUAAACCAGAUCUGCGCCAACACUCAGUGCAUAUGCGUCCCCGGCUUUGAAUUCAAGACAGGGCUGGGAUGUGUGGAUCUCAACGAGUGUCUCAGUAACCCCUGUCACGAAACAGCCAUUUGUGAGAACAUUGCCGGCAGUUAUCGGUGUAUGUGUUCUGAUGGAGAGAUUGGCGAUGGAUUCACUGGAUGUCAAGACCCAGGAGAGUGUCCGCGCGGGGACUCUGACUGUCCGAAGAACGCCGCCUGUCGUAGCGAUUUCAAUGGUAUCUCUAAAUGCGUAAAUCCAUGCGAUAUAAACCCUUGUGGACCCCACGCUUUAUGCGCGGUGGCCAACCACCAGGUGCUCUGCAAGUGUCCUGAAAUUGGCUUCUAUACGGGCGACGCCUAUAACCGAGCGAAUGGCUGUCAGAAAGUGGAUUGUCUUCAUGACGCUGACUGUCCGUACGACAGACAGUGUGUGAACUUCCUUUGCGAGAACGCGUGCGAUAGCGUCGACUGUGGCCCUCACGGCACAUGUGUUAUACGGGACAGACAGGCGGCCUGUCGUUGCGAACAGGGGUUUGAAAAUAAUGGACGACUUAUAUGUGUGGACGUAGACGAGUGUCGACUACACCCGUGUCAUAACACUGCCGUUUGCGACAAUAUUCCCGGAAGCUAUAGCUGUAAGUGCCCGCAAAAUCUGGUCGGCAAUGCAUACACCCAUCCCGGAUGCCACGAACCUGAUGUCUGCUAUAACGGCGACUCUGAUUGUCCGGAUUCGGCCACUUGUAUACUCGUGGCUGGAGUUCCUAAAUGCAGAGACAGAUGCAAUGACCCAACCGUUUGCGGGAUAAACGCCAGUUGUCUGUCGGUGCACCACAAGCCUCGCUGUUCGUGUCCGCAAAACUUCUUAGGAGAUCCAUACAUCCGGUGCGAGAAAGUCGAGUGUUCCACGAGUUUGGACUGCAAUAGACAGAGUGAUGUCUGUUAUGAAAACAAAUGCGUUGAUGUCUGCCAGACGUCGACCGCCUGUGGAGAUAACGCCGUAUGUGUGCCUCAGAUCCAUAGCUACACCUGUAAGUGCAAAGAGGGCUACUUCGGUGACCCCAUCGCCGGCUGUCGCAAACGUCUGCCCUGUGAUACCGACGACAACUGUCCCUCAUCUCAGUUCUGUUAUGUGGACCACUUCUGUCGCAUAUCCUGCAGUUCCCAUCGCGACUGUAAUAACAACGAGCGCUGCGAGAAUGGAAAGUGCGUUCAGGUCUGUCAGUCCAACACAGACUGCGCCGAAGACUAUCACUGCAUUAACUGGAAGUGUAUCUCAAAGAUUGAAAGCAAAUGCUCGUCAGAUAAUGAAUGCGAUGACCACUUGGGCUGUCGGGCCGACCAGAGGGGACAUACGGAUUGUGUGGACAUUUGCGAGAACACACUUUGCGGCCGGAAUGCCGUUUGCAGAGCCCGUAGUCACGCGCCUGUCUGUGAAUGUCUGCCCGGCUUUACAGGAAAUCCAACCGAUGAUAAGUACGGCUGUAAACCCAUUGAAUGCAUCGACAAUCAGGACUGUCGUGACAAUCAGGUCUGUGCGAAGUACAAGUGCGUCGAUCCGUGCCAUCAGCAGAGGAUAUGCGGCGAUAACGCCGUCUGUUCUCCUGAACAACACUCAGCUGUUUGUCGGUGUCUGGAGGGCUACGAAGGAGAUCCGGUGGCCGCCUGUAUACCAAUCAACUAUUGCGCGAAACACAGUUGUCAUCGAUCGGCCGUUUGUAAGAACAAAAUCGGAGGCUUUGACUGCAUUUGUCCGGCGGAGAAGAAUAUCGGUUCGCCAUAUGGAGAGCCCGGUUGUCGCGGUCCCAACGAAUGCCCGAACGGCAACUCCGACUGUCCACCCAAUGCUGUCUGCGAGCCUGACUUUGCGGGAAAUUUGUUGUGUCAGAACCCGUGUGAAAGAGCCCAGACUUGUGGACCAAAUGCUUUGUGUAGAAUAGAGAGCCACCAAAGUGUGUGUUCGUGUCCCGAAGGGUUUGCCGGUGAUCCUCACGACCACCGAAGAGGAUGCGUCCGAAUACCUCCCAUUUGUAUCUCAGAUCGAGAGUGUCUAUCGGGAAUGGUUUGUGAUGCCGGCCGGUGUCGACCCCCUUGUCAUUCAGAAAAAGACUGCGCUCUCCGAGAGGUCUGCUCUAACAGUCGGUGCCUUUUAGGCUGCGCUACUGAUGAGGAAUGUCUGACGGGAGAGAUUUGCGCCCAAAAGAGAUGUCAAGUCGGUUGCCGUACGGACAACGACUGUCACUUCAAGGAGGCCUGUCUUCUCAAUAGCUGUAAAAACCUUUGCGAUACCCCCACCUCUUGCGGAACGAAUGCCAUCUGCGAUAUGAUAUCCCAUCAGCCGGUGUGCAGCUGUCCGACCGGUUUCUCAGGCGACGCCAAACAUACUUGCAAUCGAGUUAUGCGAAUGUGUCUCUCAAACAACGACUGUCCGCAUAACUACUUCUGUUCGGAAGGCCGGUGUAAACCCGAGUGCGGAUCAGACAAAGACUGUGCUCUCGGAGAGAAGUGUUUUAGCGGUUUCUGUGCUCUUCUGUGCCGACACGACAACGAAUGCCAACACAACGAGAUCUGUAACCAAAAUCGAUGCCAAACGGGCUGUCGGGCUAACAAUCAAUGCGAUGACCACUUGAUUUGCACUCGAAGUCAGUGUAUGGAUCCGUGCGAAGGCAGUGCCGCGUGCGGUCCCAACGCUCUCUGCAAUGUCGUCAAUCACCGAAUCAGUUGCAGUUGUCCUCAAAACUUUGUGGGUCGGCCCACAGCCAACGUGGGCUGUAUGAGGGAAUCCAUUGCCUGUCAAUCAAACAUCGAUUGCCACUUUUCGGGCCAUUUCUGCGCUAAUAACAGGUGUCGACCUAUUUGUAGCGCUAACAAGGAUUGCGCUGUGGAUGAGAAGUGCACGAACGGCAGGUGUCAUAUCCAUUGCACCAAAGAUCGUGACUGUCCUUCCAGUGAGAUAUGCCUUCAAAACACCUGUAAUGUUGGCUGUCGUUCCGAUUCAGACUGUGCCUCAUCUGAUACCUGUAUUAACAACCUCUGCAUCGAUCCCUGUGCCAGUCCUACCGCCUGCGGCACUAACGCUAUCUGUAGUGUUGGUCAGCACGAGAAGGUCUGUUCGUGCAAAGAGGGCUCAAUCGGUAACGCAUACGUCGAGUGCGUCAGAGUCACCACCUCUUGCGGUGCGAUCGGCGACUCGUGUGCUAUCGGUUCUCGAUGUGAAGAGAGUGUAUGUCGAGCCCAAUGCCGGUCUGAUAUCGAGUGCUUCGACAAUGAGAAGUGUCUCGACAGCCUCUGCAGUAUUAUCUGUACCACCGAUGAUGUCUGUCCGCAAGGCUUUGUCUGCGAUGGCGGAAAAUGUAUGUCCGGCUGUCGGUCUGAUAUCGAGUGUCUGACCCACGAAUCCUGUAUUAACCGCAAGUGCCUCAACGUCUGCGCCAGUCCUACGGCCUGUGGAAGUGAUGCCAUCUGUAAUGGUGUGAAUCACCAGUCAUUCUGUUCGUGUCCGACGAGAUAUACGGGUAAUGCGAAGAUUGCCUGCAGAAGAAUGGAUUGUGUCGUUGAUGUCGACUGCGGUUCCGGAAAGAUAUGUCAAAGUUACAAAUGCAUUGCCGGCUGUCGAUCAGAUGGAGGAUGUGCUGACAGUCUGAGUUGUAUAAGCCUUCAGUGCACUAAUCCGUGUCUGUUUAGCGGCGUCUGCGGAGAGAACGCUAUUUGUCGGCCCAAAGCCCACCAACCGGUCUGUUCGUGUGCCCAACCAUUCGAAGGCAAUCCCAUCAUUCGGUGCACUCUUCCCAUACAAGAAGCCAUUCCUUGCAAAACAGAUACCGACUGUUCGAUCGAUAAGUUCUGUAUUCAUAGGCAAUGUAUUACACGAUUUGAGUGCAGCGCCGAUAAGGACUGUGCGGUCGGCCAUAUCUGCGUCAAAGGCAAGUGUUUCAGCGGAUGUCGACGCGACGAAGACUGCGCUCUCGAUAUGACCUGUUAUUCACAACAAUGCCAGAGUCCGUGCAGUUUCAGAGGUGCGUGCGGUGUGAACGCAGAGUGCGUGCCAUUUAACCACCGGUCGAAGUGCACGUGUCCGCCCAACUACACCGGCAACCCAGAAGUCCAGUGCCUCGAAAUGCCCACUUGUCGCAAGAAUGACGACUGUCCCAUAGGCUAUAUCUGUCAGGCGGGUAAGUGUUCCGUCAUUUCGGGCUGUGUUUCAGACAACGAGUGCAGACCCACUGAGAUCUGCGAAAACAGCCGAUGCGUCGAUGGCUGCAGAAGUAAUAGUGACUGCGAUUUCACGAAAGCCUGUAUUAGUCGGUUGUGUCAGAACCCCUGUAAUGUCAAGAUAUGCGGCACAAACUCCCAGUGCAUUGCCAUCAAUCACGAUGGUAUCUGUCGCUGUCCCGAGAGCUAUACCGGCGACCCAACCAUUUCAUGUCAGGUCGAACAGGAGGAAUGCUAUGUCGACAACGAUUGUGGCUCUGAGAAAAUCUGUGUAUCGAAUCGCUGUAUGAUUGGCUGUCGGGCGGACAUCAACUGUCCAUUCGAUAAGUCCUGUAUUAAUAGGAGAUGUAGUGAUCCCUGUUCUCUGCAAACUUCGUGUGGCUUCAACUCCCUGUGCAAAGGCAUCAAUCAUAAGGCCGAGUGCUCGUGUCCGCCCAACUUCCAGGGCGACCCCAAAGUCCACUGUAUUGAGAAACAGAGCAUUCAGUACGAGUGCGAAGAGAACAGUCAUUGUGGACCCGGAAAGGUAUGCGAACACCACUACUGUGUAUCCGUACAGAAGCAAUGCUAUAGCGAUACGGCUUGUAAUCCGGGAGAGAUUUGCGAUAAUGGGAACUGUAUUACCGGGUGUCGAAGGGAUUCUGACUGUACGUUCGACAGGGCCUGUUAUAAUAGCAAAUGUGUCAACCCUUGUACUGUCCAAACACCAUGCGGUCAGAACGCUAUCUGUCAGCCAGUCCUACACCGACCCCAAUGCCGCUGUCCAUACGGUUUCGAAGGAAAUCCAUACGACUACUGCAAAGUCAUCACCAAAAUACCUACUCAUGAAUGCUCUAUCGAUAAGGACUGUCAUUUGGGAUACCUGUGCGAACAGAAUGUCUGCGUAAUUGGCUGUAAAUUCGAUGAGAACUGUCCGCACGACAGGACCUGCCUUCACAAGCAAUGCCUAAACCCAUGCGAUUACCCGGACUCAUGUGGAGUGAACGGCCAGUGCACGACAGUUGGUCACCGACCCCGCUGUUCGUGUCCGCCCGGCUUCACUGGUGACGCGACCGUUCAGUGCACACCAGUCAUCAUCCCGGUGUGCCUUCAGGACGGCGACUGCGGGACGGGACAGAUAUGCGAAAACGGCAAAUGCAUCGACGCGUGUCGUACGGACGACACGUGCAGCUACACCAUGGCCUGCAUUAACCAGCGCUGUCAGGACCCGUGCUCUGUGUUCGGCGCCUGCGGUCGCAACGCGUUGUGUCAGUCGGAGAAUCACAGAGCCGUCUGCAGCUGUCCGCCAGAGUUCAGUGGCGACGCAUUCGCCGUCUGUGAGCGCGAAGACUCCCAUCAACUGCUCAGUUGUGGCGCAGACCUCGAGUGCAGCUUCGGCUACAUCUGCGAGUCCGGGAACUGCGUGGAGGGCUGUCGUCACGACGAUCACUGCACGCCCGACGAGACGUGUUAUAACCGCAUUUGUAGGAAUCCCUGCGAAUACGCCAACGCCUGCGGAAUCAACGCCGACUGUUCGCCUAACGCUCACAGACCCGUCUGCUCGUGUCACUCGGGCUUCAUCGGUGACCCACACGUCGAGUGUCGACCCCUUCAAGACGUCCGCGAGUGUCAUCUGGACAGCGAUUGUGGUAAUCGAUUGGUGUGCGAGAACUCCCGGUGCAUAAUCGGGUGUCGUGACAGUCAGGGCUGUGGUCUGGAGGAGUCGUGUAUUAACGGCAUCUGUCAGAACCCGUGCUCUCUAUUUGGAGUGUGCGGUCGGAACGCUAUUUGCAAGCCUUUUAACCACACCUCCAUCUGCAGCUGUCCCUCAGGACUCAAAGGCAACCCUAAUGUCGUCUGUACUGAAGCGCCGCCACAAUGUCUUAAAGAUAGCGAAUGCGUUUUGGGACAGAUCUGCGAGAAUACUCAGUGUAUAUCCGGAUGUCGUCUCGACAACAACUGCCACGAAGACCGCGCCUGUAUUCACGGAAUUUGCCAAAACCCGUGUCUUUUGCCAAACAGCUGUGGAGUCAACGCAAACUGCCAGCCCUUCAACCAUAGACCUCGUUGUGAAUGUAUUAACAACUAUAGGGGAAAUCCAUUCGUUAAAUGCGAACCAAUUCCGGACGACUAUUGCGAACAGGACUCUGCCUGUGCUCUCGGAAAGAUCUGUGAAACCAAUCGAUGCAUCGACGGCUGUAGGAAUGACGCCAACUGUCGUUUUGAGGAGUCGUGUAUCUCUAAGAAGUGUCAAAACCCAUGCAAUUUGUUUGGCGCCUGUGGUGUGAACGCUGUAUGUAAGCCAUUAAAUCACGAUAGAGUCUGCACCUGUAUUCCAGACUUCACGGGAGAUCCAAAAGUGUUGUGCGAGAGAAUAUUACCGCCGCCGGAGUGUACAUCUGAUCCGCAGUGCCCUCUCGAACAUAUCUGUCAGAACCAGCGAUACGGCUGUCGAACAUCGAGUCAUUGUCCCACCGAUAAGGCGUGUAUCAAAAGCAAGUGUACGAACCCGUGUAGCCAUAGCGGCGCCUGUGGUAAGGAAGCCAUAUGUUCUGCGGCCAAUCACGUGGCCGUCUGCAGCUGUCCGAGUGGUUACAGAGGAGAUCCAGACGUUGAGUGUAAAGAAAUUCCUCCCGAAUGUAGAGGUGAUGACGAUUGCGGUCUCGAAAGGAUUUGUUUGAAACAGAAAUGCAUUGUGGGUUGUCGUAUGCACAACAACUGUCCCUUCGACAAGGCCUGUGUGAACGGCUUCUGUCAGAGUCCGUGUAGUAUUGGAGGCAUGUGUGGCGUCAACACUAUCUGCAGAGCUGAGAAACACGAGGCCCAGUGCUCGUGCCUUCCCGGAUAUACAGGUGAUCCUCUCAGACAAUGUACUAAAGUAUCGGUUGAGUGCGAAGUGGACAAGGAUUGUGGAAACGGAUACGUCUGUGCCAACCAGGAGUGCAAAGAUAUCAACGAAUGUCUGAAAGAACGCGUCCCAUGUGGUCCCGGUGCCAGUUGUACCAAUUUACCUGGAUGGUUCAAGUGUUCAUGUCCUAUGUCAUUGGUUGGUGAUGCGUACGGACCGGCCGGUUGCAGAGCUCCACUUCCCGUCUGUUUUCUGGACUCUGACUGUAAAGAAGAACAGAAGUGUAAUCCCGUCACUCAAGAGUGCUAUGAUAUCUGUUCGAGACCUGGAGUCUGUGGAAAGGGAGCCAUUUGUAAAGCAGUCAAUUCCAAGUCUGAGUGUUUCUGUCCGCCCGGACAUCGUGGUAACCCAUACGUCGAGUGCUCUAUUCGCGAUUCGUGUACCAGUAAUGCCGACUGUCCUGGAAAUCUCAACUGUUUGGGUGACUUCUGCGGUUGUCCUAAACCUUUCCAACAACUGUCCUCUUUCUGCACCCUAACGAGUGUCAACUGUUCGACGAGUAAUGCCUGUCCACAGAAUCAGGAGUGUGUCUACAAUCGUGGCAAUGAUUUAACCGGAUUCUGUAUCUGUCCGCGAGGUUUCGUUCUCACUUCCGAUGGUUUCUGCAGAGAUAUCAACGAAUGUGAACAGCAAACGUUCCCCUGUGGUCCCGGAGCCAUUUGCACCAACACUGUAGGCAACUUCAAGUGCUCGUGUCCUCCAACCAGUUCAGGAGAUCCUAACGGAGACGGAUGUUUCGCGGAUGCGCCAAAACAGGAAUGUCUUCACGACUCUGACUGUCACGAAGACAAGGCUUGCAUUGAAUUCAAGUGUUUGAGUCCAUGUCUCGAUGACCACGAGUGCGGACAAAAUGCCAUCUGUGGAGUUGUCAAUCACCGUAAAGAAUGCAAAUGCAAACCAUUGUAUUUCGGAAAUCCAUAUGAAAUCUGUCGCAAACCAGUGGAGUGUGUGUCUGAUGGCAAUUGUCCGGGUAAUCUCAUCUGUUUGGCUGACAACAAGUGUGGCUGUCCUCCAGAUUUUGAAAGACAAUUGGAUUAUUGUUCAAAGAGGAGUCAGAAGUGCACGACUACUAACCCCUGUCUGGCCAACCAGGAGUGCAUUUAUAGCGGCACUGGCGGCGGAUUCUGUGUCUGUCCGCGAGGGUUCAGAUUAUCACUCGACGGUCUUUGCGAAGACAUCAAUGAAUGCAUAGAAGAGCCGCGAAUAGUGUGCUCGAGGAAUGCCAGCUGUCAUAACCUGUUGGGCUCAUACGAGUGCCAGUGUUUGAAUCAAUACGAAGGCGAUCCAUACAGAGAGGGCUGUCGUCUCAUUCCGCCGCCAUAUCGAGGCUGUAGAGCCGACUCUGACUGUGCGCUCACAAAGAAAUGUGAAUUCAAUUCUGGAGAGUGUUAUGAUCCCUGUUCUGUGACUACAGUGAUUGGUGUGAAGGGAUAUACGGCCGCCGAAUAUAAAUGCGGGCAAAAUGCUAUCUGCAGGACAGAGAACCAUAAGUCCGACUGUUACUGCCCGCCCGGACACGAAGGAAAUCCAUUCAAAUUAUGUUUCAAGAAAAUCGUUUGCGGUAUUGACUAUCAUUGUCCCGGAAACCUAAUCUGUUUGGACAGCAACACAUGCGGCUGUCCACAGAACUUCUUCCGCGAAAACGACUACUGUUUUAUCAAAUCUGAGAACUGCACGACAACUAAUCCCUGUCCACUCAACGAAGAGUGCGUAUACACCGGCAGCCGAAGCGGAUUCUGUGUUUGUCCGCACGGCUAUGAAUUGCAUCCGAGCGGUGAAUGCGUCGACUUGAAUGAGUGUCUGCACGUGACCUGUGGUUCCGGUGCCAUCUGUAACAACAAACCGGGUGGUUAUGAGUGCAGCUGUCCGGUCGACUCCAUUGGAGACCCAUAUGUCAAGGGAUGCAAACAGAUCGAUGGCUGUCGUGCUAUCGAUGACUGCGCUAAUGACAGGGAGUGUGACUUAGGAAGCAAACAGUGUAUAAGCCCGUGUUAUAUCUGUGGACCGCAUUCCGAGUGUACAGCCCGUGACCACAAAGCCAUCUGCACGUGUCCUAAGGGUCGCAUAGGAGACCCUUACGAUAAGGCCGUCGGCUGUUAUGUGGAACCAGAUUUCGAGUCUCGAACAAUACCCCCGCCCUCAGAGAUUUUGGUCAUGUGUUUGGCUGAUGGAGUUCAGGUGUCGGUGCAAUUGGAUCGGUUCGAUGGCAUUAUAUACGUGAAGGGUCACAGUCAAGACCCUCAGUGUCGACGAAUGGUGACCAGCAAUGAAGGCGAUUCUGUUGACUUCAAAGUGCUGUUCGGUCACUGCGGGCUCAUACAUGUGGACGGGGAGGCGUCGUUUGUGCUGAUCAUUCAAAAACACCCCAAAUUAGUCACAUUCAGAGCUCGAGCUUAUCAUAUAAAAUGUGUUUACAAUACGGGAGAGAAGACGAUAACCCUGGGCUUCAACGUCAGUAUGAUUACCACUUCGGGUACGAUUGCCAACACGGGUCCGCCGCCCACUUGUAUUAUGUCGAUCUGCACUCUCGAGGGCAAAGAGAUCAACUCAGCAGAGAUUGGCGAUGACUUACUGCUCAAAGUGGACGUCCAGCCGGACUUCAUAUACGGUGGGUUCGCUCGAAGCUGUGUCGCCAAGACUAUGGAAGACGACGGAGAGUUCCAGUACGAGGUGACGGACGCCAACGGGUGCGCCACUGAUUCAAGCAUUUUCGGCAAUUGGGAGUACGACCCGCACAAGAAGUCACUGAUGGCCCGAUUCAAUGCUUUUAAGUUCCCUUCGAGUAAUAACUUGAGAUUCCAGUGCAAUAUUAGAGUCUGUUUCGGGUCGUGUCCGCCCGUCAACUGCGAGGGCGUCGACGCCUACGGUCGACGCAAACGCCGACAGAUCAGUGAUGAAGAUCUAGUUUUGACGGACGCUUUCAAAGAGGGGGCCCUUCGCGAGGAGAUUAUGGUUCAGUCGAACGCUAUCCUCACGUUUGAGAAGAGAGAUCCCCAGCCGUCAGUACAUCCCGACGCCAGUGGACCGAAGGUGGAAGACAUAGAACACGUGUGUCUUCCGAAGUUAGGUCUCAUUAUAUCGAUGAUAUUAACUACACUCUUAGCACUGGUAGCGGUGGCAGUGGCCAUAUCGUGUUGGCUGAUGGCCUACCGGCGCAAACCGAAACGCGCCGGACCUCUGCCCCAUCCGCCAGACUUUCCUAACCCAUUGUAUACAACGCCGGAACCAAUAGCCGAACCCUCGCCCGACUAUUACCCGACAUCACAUAAUAUGUGACUCCAUUAGGGCUCAUAUAUGACUGCUUAGUCUCAUGUGAUAUAAUAGUCCCAAUUAAAGCCUAAUUUAUGAAGUGUUCAUUCAAUUAAUUUAUCGCAUCAUUCAAACCAUUGUCUCAUUGAAAAGCACACAUCUCUCCACUCAUCUCAUUGUCCAAACCCGACCUCCCUUUUCAUAUAUAAAGCAAACUCCCGGUUCUGGUGAUCGCAAAAUGUUCAAGCAAUUAACUUUCCAUUUAAUGGUUUAAUUCAGGUCUACAAUUACAACUCUAUACUCAGAUUUUGACCACUUUUCUGGUGAUAAACACCAAAUGACAGUAAUGUGUGGCAGAAGUGCCAAAGAUGUCAAUCCACACACACUUACAGAAACUUGUCAUCAUUUUGUCUUUGAUACUGUACUCCGUAUUCGUGUUAUACCUGAAAAGUGGUCAACUUCGGGGCCCUCCCACUCUGCCACUCACUUGUCAACACCUUUUACUCCUUUUUAGUCUUUUAUUUAAUAUUAAAACAGUUUUUCAUGUGAAACAAAGUAUUUAAUUGUAACACAAAUUACCGGUUCAAGUGAUUUAAAACUAUAUGUGAUUUGUUUGCUCGCUAUUCGUAUUCAUGAAACUAAACUUAUUUUAAUGUCAAAUAUAUUUUUAUGUAUAAUUAAUAAUAUUUAAGAAAAUGAUGUUUUGUUUCGUAUGGCAGC